AUGAGUAAUGGUUUGCCAUGGAAUGAUAGCUUUAUAUUGGGUGAAAUGAAGCUUUGUUGCUCUGAGAGUUUGAGGCAAGCAAUUGGAAGUUCGAAGUUCUUCCAGGAAGCUGCCGCUGCCGCUGCCGCUACCACUGAAGCUACCGCUACCGCUGCCACCGAAGCUGCCGCUUCCGGGAAGCUUUGUUGCCGGCUUUUGGCUUUAGUCAAUUUUAGAGUUCAGCUUCCCUGUGCAUCAAAGCUGCGCAGACUGAACCAUAUUGGCCGAGAUGAGAUUGAAGAACUGCAAAAGGUUUUGUCAAGAUUUGGAUUGUGGGAUGAGCGUGAAGGCCAAGAUUGUAAAAGCAUGAUUAACAUGUUUGAUACAAACUCGGAUGGAUUGCUUGAUUUUGAGGAGUUUAGGACUAUGAUGGUUUCCAGUUCUUGA